UCCACCAGCUUUUAUAUUUUUACGAUUUCCAAAAGAGGAAAGGGGAUCAUGAUUCUUUCGAACAUUUGUUGCAUCGUGGCCUUUUUGAUCGUCAUUUGUGAGGUAUCUUCUUUGUUUAAAGUUCAGUGUAGCUUCACAUACGCGCCUUUAUGUAUCGUAAAGUUAUUUCACUCCUCAAUGUAAAUUUUUAUCGUAAGGAAAUUGUUACGAAACAAGUCUAGUCAGGGGUGAAGGAAAUUAUUCAAACACAAGAAAUAUGAAGUUUAGAUGGUUUAAUUUCUAAAAGUGCAAGUAACUUCUAGAAUUUUACUAAUUCAUUGUAUUAAUUGUGAGUUGUUUUCGUCUUGUUGUAGCAUGACGAUGUAAGAUGCAAGUGUGUAUGUCCCAAAGAAAUCAACAGAACAAAGGAUGUAUUUUAAUUGCGAGGUGUUUUCGUCUUGUUGUAGGCACAGUAUGACGAUGUAAGAUGCAAGUGUGUAUGUCCCAAAGAAAUCAACAGAACGAAGAAUGUAUUUGUCAAAACUGUGGAGCCAGAGGAUUGGUAAGUUUUUGUUGAAAUUGAAACACUAUGCAGCGGAGACAGUUUAAUAAGACACGUUCUGCUCGUACUCCGAAUGAACGGUAACCGAAAGUAAACUUGGAAAAAUAUGUUUCAUUUGAUGUGUGGGCAGCAGAGCACAGCUAGAAUUCUGAUACGACACCUGGCAAAAGCAGUGUUGUAGCAGCUUUGAAAGGAUGAGCUGUAAAUUAAGCUUAGAUUUGUGGCGUACUACUUUUCCAGUGAGAGCUGAAAUUGAUUCACAAGACUAACAUUGAAAAGAAAAAGAAUCAAAGGAAAGAAAUACAAAAACCUUAUACAAUGCAUACAAUGGUUUAGCACAUAAAAUGUGCUGAUAGUUUGGGAGUUGGGUAAAGGUAAGGAAAAAUAUGAGCAAUGAGCUGAAUGUCUGCUUCUUUUAUGCGGUAAACCAUGGAAUAUUAAAGGGAUUUAUUCCCAUUAAAAUCCUGAAUAUUGAGAAAACACUGCCUUGAAAACUGAACCAUCUACUGAGGGGGUAAUCGAGAGCCUUUUAUGUUCUAUAGUUGACCAAGUUUUUGUCUGGGGGUGCCUCAUUUUGGCAUUGUAACAUUAAAUUCACAUUCUCUGUUAAAGCAAAACAAAAAUUAAUGUCAUCUGUAUUUAUGUUCUUUGCUUCUGUGCGUGUGCUAACCUAGAUUUUUAGCUAUUCCACUGCUGUAUAUUAGCUAUAUUAGUUAUAUAAGUAAUUUUAUUUAGGUCUUAGCAUUUUUGUAAUAGGUAGUCUUAUAUAGUCUUAUAUAAUCAAUGAUUGUGAAAAGCACGCAAUUCAGCCUAUGGCUGCAAUGUAUUUUAUUUGAUAAUAAACUAUCUAUCUCUCCCUCUCUAUCUCUCUCUUCCUUUACCUUUGUGUCCUCUAGAAUUUACUGACUUCUUGAAACUGACUGGUAUAUGUGGUAACUAAAUUUGUAAAACAUGGGUUUUAGUUUAUGGGGUGAAGAGAGGUAUGAAUGUUUAACCUUACCCCAUCUUAAUCAUUCCAUGAUCAAGUGCUUCCAUGUGUAACAUACCUGUGGCUAUCUACUGAGGGAGAGUUAGCUGCGGAAAUAAAUUUUGGGUCUAAGGGUACUCACUUAUCAAUUUAUUAAUUCAGGAUAAUUAUAGUAGCCAUAGAGAUGUAUCUCUAGAUUCAGGUUAUUUUGUGGUGUAAUUAUAUGGCUUCUGACCAUUACAGCAACAAUUAUUUGCAUUUUGAUGUUUUUUUCUCUCUCGCAGCAAUUGUGGAAAAGUUGUGCAAGGAGAUGAGAAGUACUGCUUAAGAUGCCGUUGUGAGUAUGAAGCCAGGAACACGACUCUCAUCAAGGUAUAAAUAUUAAUAUGGUUACAGGAGAUGUCUGCUUAAACAUAUUGAUGAACUUGACAUUUCUAAGAAAGCUUCUUAUUAAGUGUUAAACCCAGUCAAGCCACUAUUGGGUCAUAACACUUUUUGAGUUUUUGGAUACAUUUGUCUUGUCCAAUUUUUGUCAACUUAAUUUAAACUUGAUAUUCCUUUUCAAUGCUGCAAAUAUUUCCUUCCUUGAUUUUUUUACUCUGUUUUCUUCUCCUUCAUCAGAUCUCUAGACUGCCUAAUUUUUUAGCAGUAUAUAGUGAUGUAGCUUGAUUUAAAUUUAUCAGCAAACUCCUUUCUCUGUAGGUUACUCUGAUUAGUUUGCCCAUGUGUCCUGCGUAGGCUCCAAAACAGUUAUUCUAAAUACCAAAUCACUUUCAGCUAGGCAGUAGCAAACCUUUUCUUAGAUACAUUCAACUAUAAAAUUUGUCAAAACAUAGUAUUUGCUGUAUUAGUUUCAAUGAAAGUUCAAAUGGCCUUCUUGAAAAAAAUGAAGUUUUGAAACCACAAGAUCACAAACCACUUUAUGCUACCCAACAUCCCCCAUUCAAUGUUUCCCAGUCCCAGCUAAACUAAGCAUGCCAUUGGAUAUGGUGUAAGGGGUUCAACAAAGAUAAAUGGGGGGGGGGAGGGGAAGAAAGAGGCUCAAAUAAGUAUGUGUUUCAGAAUGCUGUGAUCUCACUGGUAAUGUGUCUGCUGUUUUGUGGUUGUUUUGUCUUUAUUUGGUAUUGGGAAAUGCUUGAAAAGAAUAUAGAGUAAUUUAUUGAUCUAUCCUGGUAUUAAUUUCUUUGCAUGGUUAAUUGCUUUCACCUUCAGGGAUGUGAUUAGAACUGAUGUCUUAUUAAUAAGAAGAAAGUUACUGAGCCUGAUAUAAGUUGAUUUUCACCAUAAAGCCAUGUUGAUGCAUUGAGGUUGUUCUCCCACCAUACAAACGUGAAACAAAUAAGUAAUAUGGUACAGGACUUGUGACUGUAACCAAGAAAAGCUAAAAACAGGGCGAGUUCGAAUUUUAUGAGCAGCAAAUGCAAUUAAGUGUAAGACAAAGAUCAACCUCCAGCAUGGAAAACAAUAGGUAAAGACUUAACUGAUGCUUACCUAGAACAGGAAAUGUGAAUUAAAGGGAGGGUAAAUAAAAGCUAAUGGUGACACACAUUUGGAAAACAUUUCACGUGACUUGCUUUCAUGAAUCAGAGAAAGGUACUUUGAGAGUAGAGUGUCUAGCUCAAGAACAAAAUAUAAUGGUGAGGGCCAGUAGGCCUUAUUAUGAGCAGGGUAAAUGAAAUGUAGGCAAGGUUAAAGCCAAGUCAAUACAUUGACUUCACCUGUGAGAUAAUACAAUAAUAAUAAUGAUGAUGAUAAUAAUAAUAAUAGUAAUAAUAAUAAUAAGAAUGAUAACAAUUAUAGUUAUUCAGUUUAUUUAAAAAGGGUGGCACCGAAGAGUUAAAAUAGCUUAUAAACUUGUGGCCCUCUAUCUAAAAUACAACAGAACUUACUAGAUACUACAUGUAUGUUUACACAACUUGUACAUAAAAAUUAAGAGGUAAUGAUAAAUUGAAUGUUGAACUAUGAAAUGUCUGUCUAUGCCAACAUCAAACUACAAAAAAUUAACAUCUCUAAAAUCAUAACAAAAAUACAAUACUCAGUAUUAUAGGUGUAUUAAUAAAGUAUAAAGUGUUGUAGUUUCUAAAGUCUCUAUAAGAGAGUCCUAGGGUGGUUUGUUAUGUGCUUUUGUUCAAUUUCCUGUGCUGCUUUUCUUGCUUUGUCUCCCUCUCUCCUGUUACUUUUGGGUCAGUACUCAUUCACACACUGUUCUCCAGGUUUUGUUUAGACAGACACCUUGGGGUGGGCUGUGGCAGGAGUGGAGGGUAUUGCUGCCCCCUGUUAUUAUUUAUUACUUUAAGGCAUCAAUCUUACAAUACCACUACCAUGGUGUUUUAGUAGGCUCUUGUACUACAGAUUUAUAUUCAUAGCAAAUUACUUGCAGUGUACUUACAUUUUGGUAUUUCUUCCAUUCUUUCUGUUCAGCUUUUUUUUUGUUCUGUAUCUCUCUCCAGGUGGUGAUCAUAUUCAUUCUUGUUGUAAUUGGAAUUCUUUGUUUUUACCUGCUGUAUUUGUUCAUUGAUUCCAAGCGCAAGCCUGUUGAGUUAAGUGUCGCAGCUGAUGAGGUAAGGUGUACUUUCUCAGUUUGUUUACCAAGCUAGCAUUUUUACUAGUGUAUCGUUCGAUACCAACCACACCCAUACCUACCUACCUACCUACCUUUUUUCUGUACCUUGUGUCAAAGGCCUAAGAUUGUUUGAAUAGGACCUCAACAUUCCCAAAACAGUUCUGACACAACCUCCUCUUCAUGGCACUAAAGUUUGAAACCAGAGGUUUCAAAGUCAAAAUUAAAGUUUAAGGUAAUAUUUGAAAUAACAGUCAUAAUAAAAAGAAAAUAAAAGUGAUGAGGAAGCUCACGAGAAACCUUCAGGCUUUAUAGUAUUGAGUUCACUCGAAAUUUCAGACCUAUCAUGAUCAAUUAUUAAAACUUAUUUUUUCGGAUUGUUCGUUAUUAUUUCACUUCACGUAUUUUUAGACAAUGUGUCAAGGCUGUUAUACCGAAAGUUUUUUUUGUGACAGGCAUGAGAAAUCGAUUGGCAGGCGUGGGCUUUCGAAAGAUUGAAGUUGUCAGUGACCCUAGGCGUUAGAACUGACAAGUACACCUCCCCUCUCAUCCUCAUUCUCGGUUGAAACUUCUGACCUGAAAUUUCUCAAUCUCACACUUAUAGAUACAAGAAACAUUGCGUGGAAGAAGAACGAGAAGUUUGAGAAAUUUUGACGAGAAGCUAGCAAAAUGGAAGAAAACCGUUGCUGAGCAAAGAAGGAACAUAUAUGGGACGAGAACCAUGCUAAGUUAG